UUUAAGGAGAGAGAGAGAUUUAUUUCUGCCAUGGAUGAUUCAGAUUCAAACUUCUCAGUUCCUUUGUUAACAAACAGAAAUGAAAUUUCUGAUCCAGUAUCCUUCUGUCGAAAAGUUUGGGAAGAAAGUAAGAUGGUAUGGUACAUAGCAGGACCGUGCAUAUUAAGUGCAAUAUUUCAAUACUCUCUUGCUUUCACCACUCAAACAUGGGUUGGUCAUGUUGGUACGCUUGAACUUGCUGCUUUUGGUCUUCAAAACUUGGUCAUUUCUGGGCUCACCUAUGGCAUCACGUUGGGUAUGGGAAGUGCAUUAGAAACAUUAUGCGGACAAGCCUAUGGAGCAGGAAAACUAACAAUUCUGGGGAUAUACCUACAGAGAUCAUGGGUAAUUCUGCUCGGAACCGCAUUACCAUUAACACUAAUCUCAGUAUUUGCAACACCAAUUCUACUGGUUUUAGGCCAGAAAGAGGAGAUUGCAGAAUUAGCUGGUACAUAUUCUAUAUGGAUGAUACCACAGUUAUACAUGUACGCACUGAAUUUUCCUAUGCAGAGAUUUUGACAAGCCCAAAGUAAAGUGAUACCCUUAGCUUGGA